GAACCUGUUGAGCAACAUAAGCAGAGAGGUUGAAAAGGCAAUCAGAAGUGAGAUGCGUGAACUUAAUGAGUCUUUGCAGUUUCAUAGCGCAAAAUUAGACGAGGUAGUGGGGUGUAUUGAUGCGUUUAAACAAACCAUUAAAAACCUCGAGAAGAAAAAUGUGGAAUUAACGAAUAAAAAUAAUAACCUUGAAACACGUGUUGGAGCCCUCGAGCAACAACUACAGGAAUUGGAGCAAGAAAAGCUUAUUGAUUGUGUAGAAAUAGCAAAUGUCCCCUAUCAGAGUAUGGAUGCGGAUAUCAAAUUAGUAGAAAAGGUGGCAUUAAAGCUACAACAGUCAAUAGAAGGAAUAAAAAGCUUACGUAGACUACAAGGGAGGAAAGAUCAACCUCCUAAUAUUAAAGUGGAGCUACAGGACGAAAAUACUCAAGUAAAAUGGAUAAUGGCUGCUAAAAACAUUAAAACUACGGUAGCGGAUAUUUGCCCCUCAGAGAAAAAUAAUAAGGAUAUAGUUUAUAUCAAUGAAGCAAUGACGAAAAAUAACAAAAAAAUAUUGUGGAUGGCAAAGCAAGAGUUGAAAACCAAUCAGAGAUUCAAGUACGUAUGGUUCAAAAAAGGUUUCGUUAAGGCACGCAAAGAUGACGACUCAAAAACAUAUACGUUAAAAACGAUGGCAGAUUUAAAUGGCCUUAUCAACAUUAAAAAUAAAGGACCCAAUUCUUAAGUUACUCUUACAUCACUCUUAAACAAGUUAAAUAGCUACGCUUCAAUAUGGACAGUGCACUUAAUAAUAUUUAUGAAUUAUCAGACUGUUUAAACAUUAACGAAUUUCUUGGUAGUAUUCCGAAUAUGAAUGUAAGCUUAGUGUGUAUACAUUUUAACAUCAGAUCCAUUAUAAAAAACUUUAACUCGCUUGAACAGUGUAUACUUACUUCAAAGAAGUGUAUCGAUGUUAUUAUUAUCACAGAGGCUAAUAUCUCUGAUAAUAUAAGUUGCCUAUAUCAUAUGAAUGGUUACCAAAUGUUCACAGCUUUAAGAAAGUCAAGAAGUGGUGGUGGCAUUAUCAUCUACGUAAGUAACAAACAUAAAUGCACCAUAACAAAUGUAACAUCUAAAAGCUUUGAAAACAUAUUACUUACUAUAACCACUACAUCUAACUACACUGCGAACAUUUGUGCUGUAUACCGUCCUCCUAAUUUAAGUAAAAAGCUUUUUAUUGACGAUCUUCUUUCUACUAUUGAAAAAUGUACAAAAACCACAGAUUUUUUCUUACUAGGCGAUAUCAACAUUAAU